ACUACGGAACAAAAGGGGUUUGACCCUAACUAAGCAAACUGCAGGAGGGAAGGUUAUUUAUCCCAUUCUGGCCCAGUGAAAGAAAGCUACGGAGGCGGCUUAUGGCGUAGUUAUCAUAAACGACCAUGGUCAAGUUGUUGACGGGAAGGCCGAGACUAUGCACUGUUUAUCUCCAAUCGAAGCAGAAGCAAAAGCUUUACUGGAGGGGACCUUGGCAGCAGUUGAUCUCAAUGCCACUUGCCUGAUUUUGUCGUACUGUCUGGGGCUGGUGAAGGCCCUCCAGGGACACCCGAAAGAAUGGCCAUGGCGUGCUGCUGCCAACCUGGGAAGAAUUUUGCUACUGACCAGACUCUUCCCCAAUAUCAGAAUUGACUGGAUAUGCAGGAAGAGGAACUCGAAAGCCGACUGGGUGGCCAGAUCGUGCGCCAGAAAUCAGCUCCCCGCGGACUGGGUCCAGAUUCUUGAUAUUGUUUCACCUCUGCUGUAACUCGACCUUUUGCUUCAUUUGGAAUAUAUUCAAGUACCCUUGUUGUAAAAAAAAAAAAAGAAAGAAAGAAAGCUACGGGUGAAUUUGAUAUGAAGUGGUGGCAGUGUUGGAUUUGUCCUUGUGAAAGCAACGAAAAUGGCCUUGUGGAAUGAAAGUUCGUUGACCAGUUUUGUUGGGUUAAAGCUGGUUUUGAUCGAGUUCUGACAAGAUUGAAGUCAAUUUUGACUGCGUUGAAGCGUGCUUGACGAAUUCGCGCAAAGUCCAAAAUAUGUGUGCAGUGCCCUUUUUCCCACCGGGUCCGGGGUCAAUCCAAAGGCCGACCUUGGAUUAACAACUUCAGUGCUAAGUGCUAACAUCUUAUGUAUUAACAUCAUGCUAACAAUAAUUAACAUGGAUAUUUUAG